UUGCUCGAGGGUACAUCGGCGCAGCAUGUGCCUUCUGAAGAAAAGCAAGAAGUCGAGCAAGUGAAUGGUGAAAUUGGAACAACUAUGAGUUCGAGGAGCAGGCGACGGCAACGAGCAACAGCACGAAAGAAAACGGCAGCUACUCCAAGCACUAGUAAAACGAAGAGCUCAAGCUCACCAGCAUGCACGGCAGUGGAGCAGCCAGCACCACUUAGUAGAGCUUGCAAGAACGCUGCUUUUACCUCAAAAGCUUCACCAAAAGCUCCUGCUAAAGCUCCUGCAAAGGCUCCUCCGAAAGCGCCAGUACGAACCACAAAAUCUCAUAAGGCUAAAACUGCAAAAGCAUCGGCACCAAAGCGACGAAGGGAAAAGGCAUCUGAUCAAGUGGAAAAUGCCAACUCAGCCAAAAGAGCCCGCAAAGGUUACGUAUAUGAAGCUGUCCCUCCGUUACCUUCGGCUCCUGUCAGCGUGAUAGAAGUGGUGAGUAUCAUAGACUUCGGGAUGAGAUUUGAGUAA